AUGGUCAAGAUCAUUGUUGCUGUCUUGUCCGUCGGUGUCGCGUCUGCUUUCGGCACUAUCUCCGAGUUUCCGAUAGAGCUGACCAGCCUCAUGGAUCAAACCGUGGACCCAUGCACCGACUUCUUUUCCUAUUCGUGCGGGACGUGGUACACGAACACCCCCCUCCACGCCAACCAAAGUACUACCGAUGCCACGUACGCCGUGAUCGAGGCUGCGGCGUACAAGCUGGUCGAAAAGUUGGUGGACGCCAAGCUGCCUAAACUCACCGAGUUCUAUGACGCGU